CAGCAUUUUGGUGUUGGCUGGCUGACUUGAUUGACGCCUGCUUUGCUAUUGCUGUCGCUGCCGCCGCCGUCGAACCGCCGCCGACGUUGCUGCAGCAGUUGCUAGCGAUGCGAAAUGAGCGAGAAAAAGAGGGAUCGUGUGCCUGGGUGCGUGGCGUGUGCGUGUUUUUGUGGAUGCAAGGGAGGGAGAGAGUGAAACAGAAAGAUAGAGAAGGAGAGAACGAAAGUACGAAAUGUGUAGCCUUCAUUGUUUCUCGUCUUCGUCGUCGUUCUCGUCGUCGUCGUUGGUCCACAUCGUUAUUGUACAAAAUUGCUCUCUGUGUCGACGCGCGUGUCCCCAGCGCAGAAAAAAGCAGAGAAAAAGAGCGGAUUAUAGUGAAAGAAAGGGAAAACAAUAAAUGUGACGUUGCCCGCCGGCCACCAGCCAGCCUUUUAUUCUUUUUUGUUACGCGCUUUAUUUCGCCCUUUCUUUUCAGGAGAUUCUCCGUAGGAUAGGUUAUCUGUUUGAGUACCUUUGUUCGUCGCGAGUUCCUGUCGGUAUUUUCGUCUUUUUUCUUUACUCCUUCCUUUUUUUUCCGUUUUCUGAUACUUCACGUUACUUGGCUUUGUGUAUCCCCUUUUAUUUUACUAGCUUCGUGCACGCACGUACCAUUGCAUGAACGUAUUGUAUAUAUAUAUAAUAUAUAUAAUAUAUAUAUAUAUAUAUAAUAUACAAUACAUAAUAUAUAUUCGUUGAAAGCGAUAUAGAUACACUCGACUUGAAUGUUGCAUUUGGUAGCCUUUUUGGGGUGAGACCAAAACGGUUUCAUUCCACCUCUGGUCACGGUGUGUUGCAUUUUGGACGGCUACACCCGUGAUUCGCCUAAGCAGCGACGUUUACACCGAACUUCAUAAUAAUUCGCGCGGCCUUUCCGACCGUUCUCAUAUUCUUGCAACUCGGUUUUCACGUUGUGUUUAAUUCACGAGUUUACUGUAUCUUGUUCAAUCGCUUCUGUGUUCGUUGCCUGUGGACGAUACACGAUAUGGUCACCGCUCUGUCCACUUUGCUUCUUUGCGCGAGUUCUUUAGUUCUCCUGACUGUGAUUUCUUUUCUCGAUACUAACGUAUAAAACUGGUAGAAAAUGUUCUGAAAAGUAUCCACUUUGAAUUUCCAUUGAUUUAACCUUAAUUUCCGUGGUUCGUCACGGCAUAGGUUUUAUUUAAACGAUUUGUUUACCCUUCCUCUAAGUUGUGCAUCGAUUAUGUAAACACUGAUCUCUUACGAUGGAAAUUUAUAAGGGUUAAGGAUGCGAGUGAAGUAUAAGACGAUAGGGAAAAGGUGGGGAGGGUUGGAUGAGACAGAGAUAGCUAGGCGGAAGAUACCCGAAAUAAACGUGAUGAAGUGCUGUACGUAGAAGUGGGGAAAAGGAAAGGAAAUGAUUGGGCGGCCUAGGAAGGGAUAACUGGAACGUGUCGCAGCAAAAAAUGAAGUGGGAGAAGUGGGUUUUUCGAUUUGUUACAUUUGUGUCGGGACCACUUGACCCAUCGAUGGGUCAAGGAGCAAAUCGGGAAGAUGUCAAUACAGAGAGAUGUCUUCGUAGCGUACGCUUUGAUCGAACGAGAGAAAAAGAAAGACAGGAAGACCAUGCGAAGGGACCUAAGCUCGUAACAGAGAGAACGCCUGGCCCGAAGGCGUUAAACCGGGAAGAGUGUAAUCGGGGCACGGAGCGAUGUACGCAGCUGCGGGUGGCGCCAGUAUAGCGAACAGGAGGAAGCAGAAACGGUUGCAGCUAAACAAACGCGUCGCCGAGGGUACGAUCCCCUCACGGCUGAAGACAGUUCCAGCAGUUCCAGCUUCUCAGCACUACUACCACCAACAUCAGCAUCAGCAUCAACAUCAGCAUCAACAUCAACACCAACACCAACACCAACACCAACACCACCACCACCCGAGCAAGUUUGCGCGUCCGCACGUUGUUCCACCAUCUUCCACACCACAGCCACAACCACCGUCAUCUGCAUUCCAUCAGAGCAUCGAUCGACGGCGUCAUGUCGAGAAGUCUCCGCAGGUCACACCUGUCUCUCCAAUCCAAUUCCCGAUAUCACCGCCGCCGUUAUCCCUCGAAUCACCUAGUUCAGUUACUUGCGCCACUAAAUCCAACAACUUCCCUUUCCCGCCACCAUCGAUCCUCGAUCUCAGAGUAUCGCCAUCUUCUUCGGAGCUACAGUGUGGUGGAGGACCUGGUAAAGCAGCAUGGCAAGGAUGCAGCAGACCUUCUCCCCUCCCUUUGUCUCCUAUGUCCCCUCAUGGAUGUCGCGGGGAUGGCUACAAGACAAAACAAUGCGAAGCUCAUCGACGAUGGAUGAAGAGGAACAGGAUAAGAGACGCAAGUUAUUGCUAUGGGAGCAGUGGAGAAGAUGACGAAGAAGAUGGAAGCAGUAAUGCAAACCGUCGUAGAGGAGAAAUGAGUGCGGCAGUGAAUACCGUACUGUAUGCGGGGCUGGGAACCACAGCGCUCGGAUUAGUUAUCUCGUUUGUCGGCACUGGAGAGAAAGGAUUCCUCAGUCCGGAAUUGAGGCUGGUGGGUCCUUCGCUACUGUGCGCCGGUUUACUGUGUUGCCUAUUUCGGGUGCUGCUCUGCCUCUGUUUAUGUCGUUGUGGCCAAUGUCGUUGGCGGUUUUGUCACGUCGCUAACGACAAGAAGGAGAAAGUGAGGAAAACAGAAGCGCGUCCAACCGGAACAUUGCCUACCGCCUCACUUUUGUCACCAUCGCAGCAGCAACAACAACAACAACAACAACAGCCACAUCAACAAUCGGCCGCGUGUUCAAGUGGUCCAGCAUCAUCGUCCACAAAAGCACACGAGCUGUUGCUCUCUCCUGCCCAACUACCAGAGUGAAGACACCGUUUACGAACGUUUUCUACGAAAAUCAACACGCCGAUUAACUGCCGGUUCAUGUCCAAUAUAGAAUUUAUCUAAUCUCCAUUCGGCCUGAACCGUUCUCGCAAACAAAAACCAUCACAGCCUAAUUCUAGUUCGAUGCGAAUCUUAGUGCUUAAAAAUAAUAGAAAAAUAAACAAUCGGCUACGUUUUUCUACCCCUACCGUGUUUGAAAAAGUAAACAAGUAAUUAUCAAUAAGCCUUUAA